CCGAUAGCAAUGGUCGUCCACCACCUCCAACCCGUCGAUUCACGAGUUGCCGAAAUUUACAUCCAUGUUUCUCUGCUCUGAACUCUUCGUACGGAGUCAAUCAGAUGCUUUUAUCAGCCCAGUCUCACUGAAAGCAGGGCGAUUUUUUCGAGCAUGUGGUUUGCAAUGUUGCCUCGUUCUAUACCACUAUGAACAUCCUCCGUGGCUGUAGUUGUGUUCUCGAUACAUCCGCAAGCUCCCUAACCAGCCUAUCCUCGUCGAUUUGUGCUUUCGACCAUCGUUGGAGGAGUCCGUGUGCCAAACAUCACGUGGUAUUACAAGGGUAUUUCGGAAUCUUAAUCAACAAAUCCUUGCUUUCCUCCCCUUCCCUUCGCCACCCAUAUUUUCAAGAAGUUAUCAUUCAAAUCCCCCUACAUCUGUUCUUCUAGUUCCCAAUGCCCACAGCAAAGAAGACCACCGGCGCGACUGCUACCAAGGCGAAAUCCUCGUCCUCCAAGUCUCACUCAGCUACACACCCCUCUUGGGUCGAUAUGAUCAAGAACUGCAUUACGGAUCAUCCACAAGCUGCCCGCUCUGGCGUGUCAAGGCCUCAGAUCAAGAAAUACGUUGAAACCAAGUACAAGAUUGACCUCAACGCUACUGCUGCUAGCCAGCUCAACCGUGCCAUCACGUCAGGGAGCGAGAAGGGGGUUUUCGUACUCCCGAAAGGUCCCUCUGGCAAAGUGAAGCUAGCUCCCAAAGCCCGUGCUGAUGCUACCAAAGAGAAUACCAAACCUGCUACUAAGAAACCUAUCGCGACUAAAUCCACCACCCCCAAAGUCCCCGCGAAAUCCACAUUAAAAAAUACAACAACCAAGAAACCCGCUGCUGGUCGUACUGCCCCUACCAAGUCUGCUACAACGAAGUCUCGUGCCGCCACCGCUAAAGUCGCUGCGAAGAAGCCUCCAACUAACACAUCAGUGAAGAAGGCGACUGCAGCCCCUAAGAAGGCCACUUCCACAAAGAGGACUGCUGUUGUGAAGAAACCCGCCACCUCAGCAAAGAGAGCGACCACUGUCAAGAAGACCGCUGCUGCUAAGAAGUCCACUGCAAGGAAGCCAGCCGCAGCAAAGGCAAAGACUGCUACGAAGAAAGCUGACGGCGUAUCUGCGGCGAAAGUUAAAUCUGCGAAGAAACCUGUGUCGAAGACCAAACCGGCUUCCAAGGCAUCGGUCAAGAAGUCAGCAGCAGCCGAGAAGGCAUGAACAACGAAGCUGCCCAGUGUAAACUUGAUAUUGUGUUGCCCUCCUUUUUGAUGCCCGACUCAGAGAUCCUCUUCACCUAUUCUAUUUUGUUGUACUACUCAAUUUCUUUUUUGGUCAGCAGUGUGGGUCUCCAGCCUUUGCCUGUCGCGGGCCAAUCUAACACGAAUAUAUCCCUAUGAUGGUGACAUAUUUAUCUGCCGUUUGUACUUGUACAAAUAUUAGCCAACGCUACGUACUAUAUUGAUAUAUUGUGA